AUGAUUUCCAGCACAACUGUGGUGGCUAAGGCAGUGGGGGUAAAUCUUUUUCUCACUAUGGGAAACCACAGCAUGUUCUGUGAGUUCAUCCUCCUUGGAUUUUCUGCUGACCCUCAGACCCAGAUUGUGCUCUUCAUGUUGUUUCUGGUGAUUCACCUCCUGACUCUGAUGGGGAACCUGGUGAUGCUGCUAGUUAUCAGGGCUGAUUUUCACCUGCACACACCCAUAUGCUUUUUUUGGGGACAACUGUCUUUCCUGGACCUCUGCCACUCAUCUGUCACAGUCCCCAAGAUGCUGGAGAAUCUGCUUUCUGAAAGUAAAACCAUCUUUGUAGAGAGCUGCCUGGCUCAGGCCUUCUUUGUGUUUGCCACCGGGGGCACUGAGGCCUGCCUGCUGGCUGUGAUGGCCUAUGACCGCUACGAAGCCAUCAGCUGCCCUCUGCUCUAUGGCCAGCUGAUGAACAAGCAGCUCUGUGCUGGGCUGGUGUGGGGCUCCUGGGGCCUGGCCUUUGUUGAUGCUCUCAUCAAUAUCCUCCUGGCUGCCAGUUUAGACUAUUGUGAGGACCAGACUAUUCCCCACUUCAGCUGUGAGCUGUCUUCUCUCUUCCCUCUGUCUUGCUCUGAUACCUCCCCCAAUUUCACACUCCUGCUCUGCUCUUCUGUCUUGCAUUUCUUUGGAACCUUCAUUAUGAUUGUUUCCUCCUAUGCCUGCAUUGUCUCCACCAUCCUGAGCAUCAGCUCCACCUCAGGCAGAAGCAAGGCCUUCUCUACCUGCUCCUCCCACCUCACUACUGUGAUCUUGUUCUAUGGCUCAGGCUUCCUCAGCUAUCUCUUGCCAACCUCGGGAUCCCCCCUGGAGAUGGUCUUCUCCUUGCAGUACAGUGUGGUCACCCCCAUGCUGAAUCCUCUUAUCUACAGCCUGCAGAACAAAGAGGUGAGGGCCGCUCUGGGAAGAAUGUUAAGAAGAUAUGUUAACUUUUUCACAUAG